GAUGCAGUAGUGCUUUAAACUCGGGGCGCGUCUACAGAAUAUGAUGCUGAGCCAAUGUAGAUUAGUAAGCGCCAGCCAACGAAGGACAACCGGCUUUGCUUUCUCUUGUUAAACAUGUUAAAGUUGAGUUAGACCACUUUCCUUUGGCAACAGUGUAUCGCAGACUAACUUGGGUCCUCUUCGGAAGAGGGGCAUAUGACACCUGUUGAAAAGGACAGCCAAGGAAUUAUAUGGUUAAAGAACGGUGGUACACUGAUGUCUGUUACACGUUAGUGAUAGCAGAGGUGUCUUUGGAAUGCUACAGAAGAUUCAUAUUUUAGGAGAGUGAGAAAAUUAUCUGAACGUUUGGAAUAUCUUGGAUUGAUUUUACAUCUAAAAACAAUAUGUUUUCCUUCAGGAAGGUCAGUUCUCAUUUCUCUAAGAUCGUCCACAAGCACAACCACCAGCACAGCAGCAUGGGCAACCGGGAGUCCGGUGAGAUGGGCGACGGCAUUGACCACGCCGGAGCCUCGACGAUCACCGUCAAUUCGUCAUCGUCUAAGGUCAUGAAGGAUAAGAUGAGAAAGAACAAGAAGGCGACACCAAAGAAGAAGGACCAUGUCCAGGAUGACCACGGGUUCCAUGACAACGGCAUGGGAGGCGGGGCGAUGGGAUCGGGGAUCGAUACGGGAGGGGGGAUAUCGCCUUCGAUAUCGUUUAAACAUGCUGCAGGGGAACGAUAUAAAGCAUUGUACGACUAUGAGGCAAGAACAGCUGACGAUCUUACUUUUAGAAAGGGAGAAAUACUUAUCAUCACAAAUAAAAGCGAUCCAAAUUGGUGGUUAGCUUCUUCAGUUGUAUCUAAACGAGAGGGUUACGUGCCAAGAAAUUAUAUCGAACCAGCAGACUUAUUACAAUCAGAAGAUUGGUUCUUUGAGAAGAUGACAAGAAAAGAUGCAGAAAAACAACUUCAACUCACCAGCAACUCUAGAGGAACGUUUCUUGUUCGUGGUAGCGAAACAAGUCCAGGCGCUUAUUCACUCUCUGUGCUCGACCAUGACGACACACGAGGCUACAACGUAAAGCAUUAUCGAAUAAGAACCCUGGACAAUGGAGGCUACUACAUCAGCACACGAAUAACAUUCAAGACACUCAGGGAUCUAGUUGAACAUUAUCAAUCACAAGCCGAUGGUUUAGUAUGCAGACUAAUGACGGCCUGCCCAAGACAGAAGCCCGAUAUGUUUGAGAUUAGUAAAGAUGUUUGGGAGAUACCUAGAAGAUCAAUUAAACUGGUUAGGAGAUUAGGAAAUGGCCAGUUUGGUGAAGUAUGGGAAGGUGUGUGGAACGAUACAGUGAAUGUUGCCGUCAAAACGCUGAAAGAGGGCGCUAUGGACCCUACCGCUUUCCUGCAAGAGGCCAAUAUCAUGAAGAAACUCAGACAUCCAAAGCUUGUUGCUUUACUAGCCAUCUGCUCUGAAGGGGUCCAAGAACCGAUUUAUAUCGUGACUGAACUAAUGACACAUGGAUGUUUGCUUCAAUACCUUCAUGACGGCGAGGGUAGACACCUGAAAGAACCCGAACUCAUCGAUAUCACUGCUCAGGUAUCGGAUGGUAUGGCAUACCUAGAAUCACAACGAUUCGUUCAUAGAGAUCUAGCUGCUAGGAACAUCCUUGUUGGUGAACAUAGGAACUGCAAGGUAGCAGACUUUGGUCUGUCUAGGAUCAUUGAAGAUGAAUACAUCGCAAGAGAAGGUGCUAAGAUGCCAAUCAAAUGGACUGCCCCGGAAGCAAUUAACUUUGGAAAGUUCACCAUCAAAUCUGACGUCUGGUCAUUUGGUAUCCUCAUCUACGAGGUUAUUACAAAAGGCCGAGUUCCUUAUCCAGGCAUGGUCAAUCGUGAGGUAUUGGACCAGGUUUCACGAGGCUAUCGCAUGCCCAAACCGGUGGAAUGCCCGGACCAACUCUACGACAUCAUGCGGCAAUGCUGGGACGCUCAACCAGAGAAACGACCCACCUUUGAUUUCCUCCAUUCGUUCCUAGAUGACUUCUAUCAUGCUUCAGAAAUUCAAUAUCAGUGAUCGAAAGAGCUGUGAAUUCAUCGAUUUUAUUUGAUGAAAUUGAUAUGGAUUAGAAAAAUAGGGCCUAUUGGACAUUUAAUAUGUCACUACCAUUCAUCCCCAAUCGCAACAGGUCCUUAAUUAAACACAUCCGAAUAGGCCUUGGUGUCUCAUUUUGCUAGCACGGCCGUUCGCAUAGGAAUUUGUUGUGAAAUGUCCAUGAAUACACACAAGCGAGCGAGUAAAGCGAACGAGGUGAUUUUGAGUCGUUUUUCUGUUGUAUUUUUGUUUAUUUAAAUGGUAGGAUAAUUUUGUAUGUUAUGAAAAUGGUUUUGAAAAUGUAUCGCUUGAGAGGCAACAUUUAUGUGAAAAAACGGUAAUAUCGUUGUGAAAUAAAUCAGAUAACAUGGAUAACAUAUUAUAAAAAGUGAUUAUUAUGAUAAAUACAACAAAUUAUAUAAUAUUAAAAACCUGGAAAGCGCAAAUCACAAGGCCAUUUUAUACAAUGCAUGACUUUCACAGGUCAAAGAAGGGAAACGUAUAUAGGUAUGAACUAUAAAAUUUUCAUGUAAUCACAGUGGAAUUUAUUAUUUUCCUUUUAUUUUAUCACGAUUUCGAAGAUCUGGGAAUGAUUUAUGUAACGUCAACAGUGUGAGAUCAACAUUUGGUUAAUCUAGUUUGUUUCUUGAUAUUUCAUAUUCAAUAGGAAGUUUCACUGUGGUAAUAUCACCGAUGGUUAAACAAGUAAAGUGGGAGUUCACUUCCCUGGUAACUACAUUGGACUAUUCUUAAAAAUAUUGCAAACUUGAUGUGCCUUUGUAAGGUAAAUUAUUAUUUUUGUAAUUUGUUGUUUCAAAUCAAAUAAAAUCACAAAAUGUAGAUUACCAUUGACAGUCAUUCGAUAAAAAUAAUUAAAAAAAAGAGACAAUAACCAAUUCAAGUACCAAUACACAGCAUACAAAUUCAAUCAAUUGUUGUUAACUGAUGAACUAGUUAUAAUUAUUUCUGUGAAUGCAAUUCAAAAUGCAUAUCAUGGUCGUUGGUCGUACAGUGCAUAAAUACAUCAAUGGCGUAUGUAAACUUGCUCCCCUCCCCAUGCACUUCUAUUCAUGGGUGGCAUAUUUGAAUGUUCCUCAUUGACCAUAGAGAUAUAUUAUAUGUAUUCAGACCCCCCCCUCUAAUUUGUGGGGGUGGGCACGAAGUUCAGGCGCACAGGGUAAAUGCCCCCUCCCCCUUCCCCCUAGAUACAUCACGUUGUCACAUCUACAUUCAAAUUGAUGAUUUAAAUGUAAACGGCUAUUGUAGAUUUCAUAUGAUGCUUUUUUUUUAAUGCAAUAUGUUCGAUCAUGAUAGCUCUCGUGUUCCUUCUCCGUGCGCCAUGUCGGAUACUGAAGGGUAUAAAGAAAUGACAGGGAGUGACAACAUCAGUAGCGUACGCAGGAUUUUUGAAGGGGGUGGGGUUCAGGCUGAAUGAAAUGUUCACAACUAACCCCCCCCCCCCCAAAAAAAAAAAAAAAAAAAAAAGGGGGGGGGUCUUCACCACAAAUUUCAGGUCGAUUUAUACCCCAAACAAAUUUGACAAGCAUUAAAAAAAGGUCUUCCACCUUUUCCGCUUUUUUUUAGAGAUAUACGUUGGACAUCUGAUUUGUUUGGCCUACAUUUUAAGAGAAUCGAUCAUUCGAGAGCAUCAAUGCAGAAUAAACGUUGUUCAUGGAUUUAUUAAAAUAGUGUUCAUAUAGUCACUUCCGAACCUGUAUGAUAUUAUUCUAGAUUGUCCGGUGCAAAAUAAUCAUGAUAAUAAUGAGGAGAUCACUCAAAUUGAUUGUUGUUAUGUUGACUAUCUAGAUUUUUUCCGAAGUGUUUUGUAACAUAAUACUACCAGAUAUAAAGGAACAACUGAACUGGCAAUUGUGUAUAAAGUGUAAAAAAGAUAUAUGUAAAAAGAAAUGAGUAUCAUAUAAUAGUGCAAUCUUUAUUCAGUAUCGCUGCAAGGAAGCAGGCGUUUAUGAAAAACAUGAUGAAGGCUACGCGUAUUUUUGUAGAACAGAAAAGGAUUUAUGAAGAAUGAAUGUUUUAGUGUGUUUAUAUGCAAUUAUUAUCUUAGAAAACGAUUUAUACGUAUGUAAAUAGAAUGAGAGAUGUUUUAAUAUCACUAUGCAAUAUUAUGCUAGAAAUAUAAACUAUUAAACUGCACGCCAAACCAAAUA